GCUUUUUUCGCUCAUGUUUGGAUGUUUGUGAGACUUUCCAACCGUUCUAAAGAUCUGAAGAAAUCCAAGGUCGAUGAAGGUCGACUGAAGAAACUGCGGGUCUAUGGAAAAUUUACGUUCUAAAAAUAGGAGAAAUUCAAAGCUGAGAAAAUCUAAAGAUUCGUUGAAAGACCAGUCAAUGAAGAUGGUCUGAGGAUCCGCCUUCGAUCUAAAGAUCUCGCCACCAGUUUGUAAUACUCGAGGAAACAACACGGGCUCUGAAGUGCGACUUGUUGGCCGGAGCUGGUCGAAGAUCCUUUUCUCAAGAUAUUCACCCCGUCCUCUGUAAUAAAUCUAAAAAUAAAUAUCAAAGCAUCAAAACAUUAUGCGCUACUACUUCUACCUAAAUCGUCUGCUCAUACCUAUUUCACCCACUUUCUCUUACGAACGUCCACAGGGAAACGAGACAAAAGAACCUCCAUUUAAGUAGACUCUGAGGUAAAACACAAGACCAAAAUGGGAAAGGCUCGCGGAAUCCGUACUGCCCGUAAGUUGGUCAACCGUCGUCGCACUCAGCGAUGGGCCGACAAGGACUACAAGAAGGCGAACUUCGGUACCUCUUUGCCUGUUUUAGAUUUAGAUUCCACUAGAAGGCACACGCAUACGCGGAUGAGUAAAUUUGUUGCUUCGUCGGACGCUUUUGCGACUGAUGAUCCACACAAAAUAUCCUUUAAGUUUCAAACUGAGCUGUGCCUCUACUUCUGUGGAGUUCAGUCUAAGCUGCCACAUCUAAAUAUCUUGGCCACUUGUAUAGAUGUCUCACAAAAGGAGAAAUCAUUCUGAACAAUGGGCGAAAAACUUCCAGAGUCCUUGAAAAGGCCAUGGUUAUAAUACAGAGUAGACCAUAUUUACUUCUAUUAUAAUACAGAGUAGUCCAUUAUGAUAUCAUGAUGUGUCUUUCCUUCUGAAAGGAUAGUAAAAAACCUCAGGUUCCGUCUACAAGUGCAAUCCUUUCGGAGGCAGCUCCCACGCCAAGGGUAUCGUCGUCGAGAAGAUCGGUAUUGAGGCCAAACAGCCGAACAGCGCUAUCCGCAAGUGCUGCCGCGUUCAGCUCAUCAAGAACGGAAAGAAGAUCGCCGCCUUCGUCCCUAACGAUGGUUGCUUGAACUUCAUCGAUGAGAACGACGAAGUACUAUCUUUUUGCUUAGACUUCCUUAUCUGUUUGUGUCUUUUUAUUUCGACAGACCCAUGUGAUCGUUAAUGUUUUAGAUUUGAAACAAAAGCUUUCUUCCUAGCGUCGCGUGAAGCGAAAGCAAGUGCCACCACUGCUUCUCUCCCACCAACAGCAACAAACCUUUUUUUCGACACAAAUCCAACAUCAAUUCAACAUCAAUUCAACAUAAAUACCAAUGCACAAUGAUUCAUAAUAACAGGUCCUCAUCGCCGGUUUCGGUCGUCGUGGCCACGCCGUCGGUGAUAUUCCGGGUGUCCGAUUCAAGGUCGUCAAGGUCUCCGGUUGCGGUCUCUUGGCUUUGUACAAGGAAAAGAAGGAGAAACCGCGUAACUGAGCAUGUUGCGAUUACUUGCCUUGUGACGUAUUCGAUUUCGGAGAAUAUGGAUCAGUAGUAUGGCUUGUUAUUUGUAACAGUGAGGAGACAGCGAGUUCUGGGAGAUGCUUGGACUGUUGGAUGGAGAUAAGCUUUGGCACUAGAGGACCUCGAGGAUUGAGGACGGAUUCGCAUCUGAUGCAAGCUAAGUCAGCUUUAGGCUGAGCUUUGUUUCCUGUGUGAUGAUAAUGUGCUAAGACGAUUUUCGAAAACAGUCUAAACUCUUGUGCUUCUGCGACUACCUUGGAGGAAAAAGAUGGUGCCUGGCCAGCCAGACACGUGCGACUACGUAUUUGGAG